GAAACCCGCCAAUGUGUGACUCGGACGUCGCGCGUGUGCACACGACUCUGUGCUGCAGCGCCCUCUGCUGCGACGGUCGCUUUCACUUCCUUUUUAGCACGUUUUGGCGCACUUGCCAUCUGAUUUUUGCGUUACCAGCAGUCAGCCUACCCAAUAAAAGCGUAAAACUCAAACGUGCAGAGGUGUUUCAGCUCAAAGGUUUUACAGUCACAUCCAGGCGACCUUAAAACCGCCAAAAAUAAAGAAAGCGAUAAACAUUUACAGCCCGCUGAGCCACGACAUGAGGAGCGACUGCUCAGCCUGCCGUUCCGCAGAGCGACCAGUAGGGGACCGCCUCGAGUGGAGCCAGUAGAGCCAAAAUGGCGGACGGUUCGGGAGGAUCAUGGUGGAAGUAAACAGAUCGGCGCACAUCGGGAGUUUCUCCUCUCUUUCGCGCGCAAAAGGACAGCAGCUCUCGUGCUCGCAGGCAGCUCGUGCCCUGGGCGGAGGUGGCGGUGGCGGUGAUGUCGGGUUCCGGCAGCAGAGCAGAAUGUCUGUGGAAGCGACACAUUGCCGAGCAGCUAAAGCUGAGGGACCGUCUGCAAAGACAGGCCUUCGAGGAGAUCAUACAGCAGUAUAAUCGCCUGCUGGAAAAGUCUGAUCUACAGGCUGUUCUUUCAGAGAGACUCCAGACAGACAUUGACCUUCAGAGCAGGCAGGAUCUCAGCCCUGGGGUCGACGCAGGUCGCAGCGAUGCUCUGCUCCAGGAGAUGGCCCAGAUCCGCAUCCGGCACCAGGAGGAGCUCACCGAGCUGCACAAGAAGCGAGGCGAGCUCGCCCAGAACGUGAUCCAGCUCAACAACCAGCUGCAGCAGAAGGACAAGGAGAUCCAGAGCAACGGGCCAAGUGGGAUGCAGGAGUACCAGCAGAGGAUCGCAGAGCUUGAGGGCGAGUGUCGAGAGCUGCGCAGCUCCCUGCAGGACCUGGAGCGAGCCAAUCAGACACUGAAGGACGAGUACGAUGCCCUGCAGAUCACAUUCAGCGCCCUGGAGGAGAAGCUGCGGCGCACGACCGAAGACAACCAGGAGCUUGUCUCCCGCUGGAUGGCGGAGAAGGCGCAGGAGGCGAACCGCCUCAACGCAGAGAACGAGAAAGACUGCAGACGCAGGCAAGCCAAACUGCAAAAAGAGCUUGCAGAUGCAGCCAAGGAACCCCUGCCGCUCGAUCCGGACGACGACAUCGAGGUUCUCCCGGAGGAAGCGCCCGAGACCCCUGCUGAGAGCUCCCCUGGCCGAAUGGUCAGCCGCACCCCCAGCAAGCGUGCAUCACAGCCCCCCCCUGCAGGACUGCUGGACUCCAUUUCCAGUAUCUUUGGGCGCCGCUCUGUGAACAGCUCCCCUGACAGCACAGAGACAAACACUGGUGUCUGUGUUGAGGUGCGUGUUCCAUCCACGGCUCUGCACGUCUUUGAUGCCCACGACGGUGAGGUGAAUGCAGUUCGCUUCAGUCCAGGUUCUCGCCUCCUAGCGACAGGUGGCAUGGAUCGCAGAGUGAAGCUCUGGGAGGUGGUCUCAGGGCGCUGUGAACUCAAGGGGGCGCUAACAGGCAGCAACGCUGGGAUUACCAGCAUUGAGUUUGACAGUGCAGGCUCCUACUUACUCGCUGCCUCUAAUGACUUUGCCAGCAGGAUCUGGACUGUGGAUGAUUAUCGUCUGCGGCACACGCUCACGGGUCACAGCGGGAAGGUGCUCUCUGCUCGCUUCCUGCUGGACAACGCGCGCAUUGUGUCCGGGAGCUAUGACCGCACUCUUAAGCUGUGGGACCUGCGCAGUAAAGUCUGUAUGAAGACGGUGUUUGCAGGAUCCAGCUGUAAUGAUAUUGUAUGCACUGAGCAAUGUGUCAUGAGUGGCCACUUUGAUAAGAAAGUACGAUUUUGGGACAUCAGGUCGGAGAGCAUCGUUCGGGAGUUAGAGCUUCUGGGCCGCGUCACAUCGCUUGACCUGAACCACGACCGAACAGAACUGCUCACCUGUUCCCGUGACGACAUAGUGAAGAUCAUUGAUCUGCGUAGCAACGCUAUGCGCCAGACCUUCAGUGCACAGGGGUUCAAGUGUGGCUCAGACUGGACAAGGGUGACCUUCAGUCCUGACGGCGGGUAUGUGGCGGCGGGAUCAGCAGACGGGACCUUGUACGUGUGGAACGUGCUGAGCGGGAAGGUGGAGCGAACCCUGGACAAACACCACAGCUCUGCUAUCAACGCAGUGUCCUGGUCACCAUCAGGGAGCCACGUGGUCAGUGUGGAGAAGGGCAGCAAGGUGGUACUCUGGUCUGACAUGUGAUCGCCCUGCUGCUUCCUCAUUGGUCAGCCCAAGAUGGAUGGCGGAACGGUCUGAUGGACG